AUGAACGAAUCUGAUAUAAGUGUACAGACCAAUAGUUCAGAAAUAUUUAUUAUAGAUCACGAUAAUCAGGAAAUAGCAGAAUAUGGAAACGGCAUGUUUAUAAAGCUAAGAGAUCGUGAUAUUAGUGUUACUGCUAAUAUUAUCGAUCCAUCAUCUGGAGCUAUCUACCAUAUUACUGAUCAAGAAAACGAUAUCACAGAACCAAGAAGUAUAGAUUUGAGCUUUAAUGAUAUUAGGAACAGUAUUUGUCUUCAAAAACUAUUGAAAGCAUCAGAAAUAAACACACUAAAAAAUACAUAUAUUCAAGAAUUAGAUCUAAGUAACAACUACAUAGGAGGCGAAUGUGUCAAAAACAUAAUUUCUUUUUUAAACAGUAACGACAGACUACAAAAAUUAAAUUUAUCUGGAAAUUUGUUGAAUGAAGAAACUGCCUUGUCAGCUCUGACGAGAACUAUAGUAGGAGAUUCAAACGAAACUUUACAAGUUUUAAGAUUGGAUUGGAAUGGGAUAUCUGGUGAAGUUUGUGCAAACAUAUUUAAAAAUCUUAUGAUUAAGUCAAAAAGCUUAAAAACAUUGGAUCUUAGUUGGAAUAAUUUCAGUGAUGUUGGUAAAAUAUUAGGUCAAGGAAUAAACCAUACAACCAGAUUAGAACAUUUGUAUCUAAACAACAAUCCGCUAACAAAUGAAGAUAUUAUUGAUAUAUUGAGCGGUAUAGUUAAUCCCACUUCAUUCAAGAUUUUGAGURUAAAUCAUGUAUUUGUCAAUGAACAAUUAGAAAAAGCAAUAUCAAAAGCUCAAACACGAGUACCAAAUGUUAGUGUUAAAGUGGCCAUUUAUACAGGCAUGAAAUCUAAUCCUGUCAUCGAUAUGAAAGCAUUAUAUUUAGAGAGAAUUCAUUUUUUGGGGGUUACUAAACCAAAAAAAAAAAAUCAAAAAUUUGAUAUAGGUCACGUCUUGCUACAAAUGAAAAUUGAUGGAAAUUUAGAACCCAUGCAAUUGAGCUUGUUUAUUUCAACAUUUGAAAAUUUAAAAGUUAACGGCAUGAUUAUGGAACUACUCGAGGAUUUGGCUCUUCAAUUUAUGAAUGCAGAUAAAACAAUUGAUGUAGCUCUGAUGUUGGACGAGUACUUACAUCUAUAUCCAGAUACUACAUUAGUGUACUACAAACUUGAAGAUGCAUUAGCGGCCUAA